AUGGGGAAGGAGGUGCAGGAAGCCUUCCCCCGCCGCGCCGGCAGGGGGCGCUGCCCUCGCCCCGCCCCAUCCGGUGCCGUCCGUCUCCUAGCAACGGGCACGCUGCGGCCUGCGCCACCCGCACCCCCUCCCAGCUCCGGCUCAGCCCAGCCCAGCCCAGCCCGGGGAUCGCUGUGCUCUCCAGCCUCGGCAAACCCGAUCCGGAUCAUUCUUCUCUCCCGCAGCCAGAGGGUCUCUGUACCCCCCCAGCUCUGGGGUCUGGUCCCUUUCACCCUCCCGGCCACCCCCUGGGGAUCUCUGCGGCCCUCGGCUCUGGAACCUGGGCCUGAGAGCGAGCAGAUGCCCCCCGGAGUGAUCCUCCCCAGCAGCCUCAUCGCCACAAGGAACCGACCUCAGCUGUUGGAUCCCCAAAACCCAGCAAGCAGAUCCACGGAGCUGCUGCCCUCCUCAACCAUCCGUUUGGAUCAUCAGAACAUCUCUGCUAUUGGGAGGCUCCCGAGCCUGCAGGAGGUUCACAGCCUCUAUCUGCAGCAGAACCAAAUUGAGAAGAUUGAGAAUCUGGAUUGCUUUCCCAACCUGAGGUCCCUGUCCCUGGCUGGGAACCGAAUCUGCAGAGUGGAGAACCUGCAGCCCCUGCGCCACCUGCGCCUCCUGGACCUGUCCCACAACCAGAUCCAGACACUGGACCCAGGUGAGCUGCCCUGCAGCCUCCGUCUCCUCGACUUAACAGGGAAUGAAUGCACCCAGCAGCACGGCUACAGAAAGAUGGUGGUGGGAGCCCUGCCCCACCUCCUGGAGCUGGACACACAGCCUGUCCGUGGUGUUGUGGGUGAGGAAGAAGAAGGAGGCUCUUCCAGCAGUGAGGAUGAAGAUGAUGAAUUGCUGCUCUCUAAGCCAAGCAGCCCUUUCACUGCAGGCAAAGAUUUCUUUGUGGAUCUGCACCAGGAUCUGUCCAGACACUCCCAGCAGAGGCAGAGUGAGGCUCUGGAGAAACACCAGAGGCACCUGGAGGAGCUGGAGGAGCUGCCACAGCCACCUCUCAGAAGUGCCAAUUCCUCUGGGGCUAGUAGGGGCUGGAGGCUCCAAGAGCCCCAAGCAGGGCUGGAGAUGCUGGUUGAGGAGUUCCCCACCACACAGAUCCAUGGUGGGAGAUGA